AUGACGCCGAAAGAGCUUUAUCCUCAGGCCCCAAACCGAUUGAAACACAUGACUCCCCUGCCCCCCACCCCCCCUGCCCCCCCUGCCCCCCCUCACGACCCCCCCAGCAUCUCAUCUUGUUCAUCUCGCUCCACCACUCCCUCCUCCUCCUCCUCCUCGUUCUCCUCCUCAACCAAUCCCUCCAUCUCCCCUACUCUCAACUCCACUGCACCUCCAUUCUCUCGCCACCACAAGAAGACUCCCUCCUCCUCCUCCUCAACACCACCACGUGAAGGAACCACAACCAUCAUCACCACCACCACCACAGUCACCACCGCUCAAAAUCUAACCGGCGUGUCCAAAUCCCCGUGUCCUGAGGUUAUGGGUGUCAGAGUGGACAUGGGUAACACAGGGAAUGAAGAUGAGGGAGUGGGGGAUAGCCUGGACAGGUGUGGUAAGGGUAUGGACAGAGAGAGUGAGGGAAAGGCAAACAGAGAAAGGGAAGGGAAGGAAACGGAGAGAGAGAAUGAAAAGGUUAUGGAAAGAGAAAUAAAUGGAAAAGAAAUGGACAGAGAGAGUGAAAAGGUGGAUAAAGAAAGGGAAGAGAAGGAUAUGGAUAUUGAUGGCAUGGCACAGAGACUAACACCCUUAGCAAACUGUUUAAUGGGUGACCAAAUAGCAAAGGUCCAACGUUCGAGCCCCGUUGAAUUGAGCCUGUGUCCAGUUACCCAGAGGACCCAGAACGCAGAAACAGACACACAGACACCAGAUAUCCUUCGGGGGUAUCCUAGAGAGCUCCUACACUCGUGUACACAACCCGGUAAGGACUCACACAUAUCCUAUUCAAAGGGAAGGACCCAGACUCAAUGCCCAGUGGAAAUGAAGGAUUCUCUGUCAACUCAAUGUCCUAUGACCUCCCAGAAUCCUUUGCUGGACCUAAGGAUGCCUGGAGUAAAGGAUCCACACACACAGCGUCCUUCGGGGCUCAAGAAUCCUUUACUGCAGGCCGGGAAGGAUCUGAAGGACGCUAAGAGUUUAAUGGCAACACAGAAUCCUUUCCUAGACCACAGAAUGCAAACACAGGAAUCCAACCCUUGUUCUGAGGAUCUUAAGGACUCCGCGACGAUGAGAGAUCCCACGGUGACCUCCAUGUCCUUGAGGUACCGAAGGGGGAAAGGGACUCGAACGGAUGAGCUCACAGUUUGCCAUGAGGAUAUCCGGAUGGUCAGCCAGUCCAAAAAUCGCGUACCGGACUGUGGAAUGCAAAUUGAGGUGGACCCAAACCUUUGCCAUGAGGAAUUUCGGACCUCAACCCAGUCCCAAAGUCGGGUACCACACCUUCCCCAAACCGGAAGGGACCCGAGAGAGGACCUGCUGACCCCCACACAGUCCGAAAAUCGCGUACCGGACCUCAUGCAAACAGAAGCGGACCCAAACCUUUGCCAUGAGGAAUUCUGGACCUCAACCCAGUCCCAAAGUCGGGUACCAGACCUUCUCCAAACCGGACCGGACCCGAGAGAGGACCUGCUGACCCCCACACAGUCCGAAAAUCGCGUACCGGACCUCAUGCAAACAGAAGCGGACCCAAACCUUUGCCAUGGGGAAUUCUGGACCUCAACCCAGUCCCAAAGUCGGGUACCAGACCUUCCCCAAACCGGACGGGACUCCCUAGUAUGCCGGACUGCUCUGCCCUCCACGGUCCAAAGCCCAUGGGUGCAAACGCCUCUACUAACGAAGGACCAAACCGUAAAUCCUAAGGAACUCCCAUAUCCCAAAGACACCUUGCGAACAUCCAACCCCAGGGGGACAACCUUUUCUAUACGGUGCCCCGGGGGAGGAAGGAGAAAAAGGGGAGCAUCGGUCAUCUCCCUGGGCGUGAAACUCUCCCUGGUGACACUCCUGCUGGCGGGAGUAGCGACGGGGAGUGAGUUUCCGGACAGGGAGUGUUGUGAUAGCGUUCCGCCCCCGCCUCCGAACUACCAUCAAGCGACCUCCACCACAACCACCACCACGCCCGCGCCCCCGCCUGGAACUGCACGAAACACCUCCAUUGUCACAGUUAGCCGCGGUGCCAGCGGGGUCAUCAACUGCAUCGAGGCUCGCCACCAAUGUCGGAAUGAUGGCCAGUGUCGCGACGUCCUGGACAUGCUACACAAAAUCUGCGGCCCUGAGUUGGUCGCCUGCGCAACCGUCACGCCUGGAAAGUGCAAGACGCUCCUUCGAACCUUGGGCCAGUACGAUUACAUGAAGAGUUGCACGUGCCGGGAGCCACACAUCGACUUCAACUGUUACACCUUCAGGGAAAUGAUCUUCAGCCACCCCUGCAUCCUCGUUGACACCCCCGGUGACUCCCAACAGUUCAUGCCGACCUGUACGCAAGCGGACGCGGACUGCAAGCAAAGUCGGGCGUGCGUCAAGAGUUACAUGGAAUUCGUUAAUUAUUGUGGCUACAGCGGCAUCACCUGUACGUCCCAGCAAAGCGACAAAUGUAACGAGAGCUGGCAACGCAUUCGAAUGUCCCCGCACUUCGGCUGUUAUUGCCCGCCUCAGAUGCGCGCCGUCCGAUACUCCGGCCAGCGGGGUCCCUACGACACGGCCGCCGCCACCUCCUCCUCGGACGAAGACAAGUGCAUGAUCAACUACAACACGACCCACGAGAACCCCUGCCUGGCGGGCCAGCAAGAUGUGGAUCGCGCCAAGAUGGUCCAAAACUCCCAGGCCAUGUGUCACAAAGCUCUGGAAUCGUGUCAGAAUGAUCCUCAGUGCUCCCAGGAGUUGGAUAAUAUCAAUACCUGGUGUGACCACUCCCACUGUGAACCCGACCGCUGUAGAAAUGCCCUCCAGGAUUUCUACCAGCGAGUGAAGGUAGUGAGGCGACUCCAAGUGGCCUUCUGCGUGUGUAGGCAAAGUGAUCACGACGGCGAGUGUCUGAUGGCAAUGCGGCGACUUCACCCGACCUGCGCCGAGCGACACACACCGCGCGACCCGAUGCAGUGCCACAAGAUCGCGGAGCAGUGUCGCAAGAACAGGGUUUGCAGCGCCAAGCUUCAGGAAUACGAGCAGAAGUGCGCCGCGGAUGCCAUGACGGGCCUGUGCAGCGACACCCACCGCAGCUGCCAGCAAGCCGUUAUGAACAUCCUGGGCACGGAGCUGCACGCCACCUGUGUUUGCAAGGGCACGGAUUUCCUUCACCAGCAGGACUGUUACACAUGGCAAAAGCUCCUAUGGUCCAACCCCUGUGUCAUCGAGUCACACCUGAAACUCCACGAGGAAAUCGACAGCGGAGCGGCCGAUGACCUCGACGAAGAGUUCCGCCGGAUGACCCCCGCGCCCCCCACCUCCACCCCCGCCCCCCACCACGGCCCCCCGACCUCCUACGACCCCGAACACAAGGGGGGCUCCAACCACGACUUCGGGAUCAUCAUGCUGCGACCGGACGGGGAGGAGGAGAGCAACUGGGGUAGGAUGCGCGGCGGGGGCGGCGGCCUCAUCGGGGGGUCGAACCGGGGCACCUACAUUGGCCCACCUGGGGGACACCGGGGGAAGUUUGACCCACCGGGGGGGUACAAAGGAGAGGGCCGCCCCCGACCUGACGCCGAGGGACACUUCAGGAGUCGUGGAAAUGGCGGGAAUGUCAUCUUUGGCCGCCCGACGAACGCCAUACCCAAUGGAGGCGUGUGGCCUGGGGGGCCGUACAACCGGGGGCCGUAUGGGAGCCACCGGGGGACUGGAAUCGCCAUGCCCUCAGACGCCCCGAGUCCCUGGGACUGGGAUAGCCGGGGGCAUGGGCGUAGACCCGGGGGUUAUCUUGCCCCGGACAGAAGCGAGGAGGGGGAGGUGGGGUACCCGGAGGGGGGGGUCUACAAGGCGACCCCUCGCACCCCGAUCUUCAGGCAGCCGUACAACCCCGCCCCCCACACCCCCGCUGGGUACAUGCCCGUCACCCCGACCCCCCCCGGAAUGCCCCCCACGCGCCCCGCUGACCCCGCUUCCACCCCCGCCGCCGCCGCCACCACCACAGCCCCGACGAGAGCGUGCACAAUGAAGGAUAGAGACUACAAGACUGUUGUCAUACCAGAGGGAUCCUCCAAGCGGCUGUUCAAGGGUGACUCGGACUGCUCGGAGCUGUGUACGUGUCCUGAGAUCGGGCGGGGCAAUGAACCAGAGGCCAAGUGCAUCGCCCUCAGCUGCAUGCAAAACAAGGCUUGCAACACCUCGCGCGCCAACUACCCCCACACGGCGCCCUACUACCUGGCCUUCAGAGGGGUGUGUCUGUGCUACGGCGGACGGUUCAUCUGCCAGAAGCCCGAGCCAGGCGAGUAUACGCUGGGCCCCGGCAUCUACCUCUUCCUGGGCUACAGUCGCGGUGAGGUGGAGAUCCUCAAGCCCUACACCUCCAUGAAUGAGCACGAGGCCGUUAAGGUGCUGGAGAACGUGCUGGUGCGGGACUACGACUUCCAGUGCGAGCUCACCACCAAACACCACAUAGGCGAGAACUUCAUUGUGGUGGCUAAGCUUCAGAUGAACCCAGACACGUACAUCAGUCCAUUCGUGAAGCAGCGCAGGGAGAAGGAGGUGUGCGCGGGGCCUCUGGAGGAAAUCGCAAAGAAGAUCAACUCCCGCCCGAGACACGAGGACAUACGGACCGACGCUAUCCUCUCCAUGUUCGUGUUGGCUAAAGUAGAUGUCAACUUACCCGAGCCGCACACCUCACCCUCCCACGCCUCCACGCCCCCCCACGCCCUCCCUGCUGUCCUGCUGACCCUCCUUGGCGCUCACCUGCUUAUCAGAACCCUCCUGCUCCCACUGACACCCUCCACCUGACGCCAGCAGUAAGGAUUGGUGAGAUACAGAGCGAUUAAAAAGGGCGGUUUCUGCAGGUUGGUUGAGGUGGAUUUCGGUGGUCCGCGCGAGGCUUGUGUUAGUUAGGGAGUGUUGGUGGUGGCGAUGUUGGUGGAUUUGGUUUCUAUAUUACUUGUUGGUUAGAAAAGUUGGUUGAUUUUGGUUGAUUUGUGUGUGUGUACGUGUGUUUGUUUUCUUUGUGUUUUAAGUGUUUUGUGUGUUGGUGUGUGCGUGUGUGUGUAUGUGUGUACGUGUGUGUGUAUCUCUCUCAUUCCACACACGCGCAUACACACACAUACACACUCACACACUCCUCCUCCUCCUCCUCUACUACUACUACUACUGGUGUUCAUGUAAGUAUAUAUAAGUGUGUGUGUGUGUGUGUGUGUGUGUGUGUGUGUAUGUGUGUGUGUACGUGUGUGUGUGUGUGUGUGUGAGAGACUGUAUUUUUUUCAUCUACAUAUGUAAGAUUUCCAUGUGCGAGAGAGAUAGACGGAGAGAGAAAACUGGAGGAAGGAAGGAAGGAGGGAGGGAAGGAAGGGAGGAAAGAAGGAAGGAGGGAAGGAAAGAAGUGAUUGAGGGAGGAAGGAAAGGGAUGAGAAAGGAAGGAAGGAAGGGAAAAGAAGAAAGCAAUAUAGAAAGAAAUUAUUAACGAAGAAAAGGAAGGAAGGAAGGAAGGAAGGAAAGAUAAAAGGAUAAAAAUAAAGAAAGAAAGAAGGAAGAGAGAGAAUUGAAUGAAUGAAAAAUAAAAGAAAAAUGAGAAGGAAGGAAGGAAGGAAAGAAGUCAGGAAGGAAGAAAGGAAGGAAGGAAAAGAAGGAAGGAAGGAAGGAAGGAAGAGACAGAAGGACAGUAACGGAGAAGGAGCAAGAAAGAGACAAAUAAAGGAAUGAGAAAGAAGGAAGGAAGGAAGGAAGGGAAGUAAAGAAGGAGGAAGAGAAAUUAGAAUGAGAAGAAACAAAGAAUAAACGAGAAAGACAGAAAUGAAAGAAUGAGAAAUAGAAGGAAGGAAGGAAGGAAGGAAGG